AUGAGAGGUCAUCAGAAGAGUUUGCCAAAUCUAAAAUUUCUCCAACAUUAAUCGACUGCAUAAAUUACACCCUCUAAUAGUUCUAUUCGAUAAAAAUUCUAAGAAAACCGAACGUAUCGUAAAUUCCAAAAAGAGAAUUCUCUUAAAAUUGACAAAAAUUAGUCAGUCACUCCAGUGAUGAAUAAUGCUGUCAAAUUGUUUAGGCAGAAUUAUAUUCAGAAAACAGAACCAAAUCUAACAUCUCAAAAACAGAAUGGAAUAGCUGAAAAUCAAGAAUAAUCAAAUUAGAAGCCUACCUCUUUCAAAUUUCUUUAUCGCCCAAUGACAAAAUAGAAUUCUGAACUCAUGCAAACUCUUCGAAUAACAUCAAAUUACCCUGAAAUCAAUCAUGUCUAUUACGUUUCCGACUUAAUUAGAGCCUAUGAAAGUAAAGAUUGCUAUUUCAAUCGACUUUUCCAAGAUCAUCUAUAAGCAAGUUUUAUGGCUUUUAAAUAAUGCGCCACUUCUAAAAUUAUAUUCAGACCAAAACCUGUCGUUUUGCCAAAGGAUCCCAAAGAUCAGAGAAAAUAUACCUUAUUACUAGAUUUGGAUGAAACACUUGUUCAUUGUUCCCUGGAUGUGAGAUUACCAUGCGAGAAAAAACUCAAUAUCAGAAUAUCCCCAUCAGAAAUCCUGUAGGUUGGACUUACAAUUCGUCCUGGGUUAUAAAAUAUGUUAGAAAAUUUGUAGCCUUAUUUUGAGAUAAUCAUUUUUACAGCUUCUCAUGUCCAAUAUGCAAAAAAAAUAGUAGAAUUUAUUGACCCAAAAAAAAUUAUAUCCAGUGUUUUGUCCAGAGAACAUUGCUGUUUCACAAGUCUAGGAUAAUACAUCAAAGAUUUAUCUAUCAUAAAAAAUCGAUCUCUUUCCAAAAUCAUUCUGGUGGAUAAUUCUGCUUGCAGUUAUUUUUAUUAAAUUGAUAAUGGCGUUCCCAUUAUUCCAUUCUAUGACAAUAAGUAAGAUAAGCAAUUGGCUUUGCUUACCAAGUAUUUAAUUGGCGUCGUAGGACAAGAAGAUAUAAGAGAAUACAAUUAGUAUUAUUAUUUUUAGUAUUUCUUUAGGAAAUACUUAAAGACAUACCUCUUGGGUAAAUUGGACUCUUUGGAAUAAAUAAUUGAUAAUUAUAAGGCCUAAUUUAAUUCCAAAAAAACCUGA